UGGAAAGGGGCCGUGGAAUGGACAAUUCCAUACAGGUUCGAGUGAGUAUAUCAAAGAACAUACACCUGACUCUAUCCUUAGUAAAGCUACUCGGAUCUUCGCAGAAGUGAGUACCUUUUCUUUUCCCACUCCCGAGCUCGACGUCAGGUUAGAACGAGGGCGGCUGCCUUGGCCAAUCAGCUUGUUUAAGUGACCCUUCGUCGCGGAUGUAAUGGGUGCUGGCUUUGACAAACCGGCCAAUGCCAGGUAUUAUGCUCCGCGGUUUCCUCGGGCGCCGAAGAUCCAUCAAGACCGUACGUUUAAAGAUACAGUUAGCUUUGACGAGAUGCAAGAAUUAGCACAGGAUUGCAUGGAGAUGUCACAGCAGAUCGUGAGCGAAAACAAAAACCGGCUCGAGAAGCUCAAAGAAACAUACUCUAACCCUGAGCACCUGAUAGAUUCCACGUAUCACCACUUAAGUAGGAGGGAUAGUAGCUCUUUCUACGCCCGGAGAAAUGCCACCCGCUAUCCCAACCACAAUCUUGCGCCGUUGUCUCCCGCCGUUCUCUCCCGUCGUCAUUUCCAAAAGCGGCCCAGAAGGCCGAGUCGUGCUUCGGUAUUUGCCAGAUGGCGUCGACAAAAUCAUUGGGCUUAGACGAACGAGGUCUUAAGUUAGAAUACGCAACGAAAUUAGAAUAUGCAACGAGAGGAACAGCGAGAGAUCUCUUCCGCGAUUCCAAAUACUCUCAUUCAUAUGUCGCGAUUGUCGACGGACGAACUUACGAUGUAAAAGUACCGAUAAAGCCCUCGUCAAGGUCGCACGGCUCUCGCCACUGAAAUGCCACGCAGCUUGAUCUAGAGCUCAGCGAAACAG